GUCUCAGGAAACCCAUUCGAAGUGAAAACACGUCGGGUUUGCGCAGUGUCCAUGGCCUUGCGGUCAGUGACAGAGGAUCGGGCGCGUCCGUGAUCGUGAACCGGUCAAGCCCUGUCCACCGACCAUUCGCUGAAGACCCGUUGACCAGUCUGAUGGUGCUCUGCUUCCCUGCCUGAAUAGAGAUGUCGAAGACCUCCUGACGGCGCCCGUCGUGGCCGACCCUCUGCAACGACCUCCGACGUCUUCUUCGACCUGGUUCGCUCCUCGAGGAGAGAUCCGCCAUGGGGUCCACGGUCUUCUGGUCCCUGCUCGUCCUCCUCGCCCUGCAGACCAAGGGGAGUCCGAUUACAAACGAAACCUCCACCGCGGGGAAGGGAAAGAACUUCUUCGGACUGUUCGGAAAUAAACCGCCGACUUGGAAGUACCCUCCUGGGCCUUGUUACUGCACUUGCGGUGUACGAAACGAGGAGAGUAGAAUCGUGGGUGGUCAGACAACGGCGCCAAACGAAUUCCCCUGGAUCGUCAGGCUGUCCUAUUUAAAUAAAUUCUACUGUGCAGGAACAUUGAUCAACGAUCGAUACGUCCUGUCCGCGGCGCAUUGUGUCAAAGGGUUCAUGUGGUUCAUGAUAAAGGUGACUUUCGGGGAGCACGACAGGUGCAGCGAGAGAAACCCUGAGACCAGAUUCGUGACCCGGGCGAUCACCGGAGAGUUCAGUUUCCUAAAUUUCGACAACGACAUCGCCAUUCUGCGGCUCAACGAAAGGGUUCCCCUCGGCGACCACAUUCGCCCGAUUUGUCUGCCAACCAUUCAAGAUAACCAGUACGAAGGCACGAAGGCGAUUGCUUCUGGCUGGGGCACCAUGCACGAGGACGGCAAGCCUUCCUGCCUGCUCCAGGAAGUCGAGGUACCGGUGAUGAGCCUGAAGGAUUGCCGCAAUACCAGCUACAGUCCUCGCAUGAUAUCCGACAACAUGCUCUGCGCGGGAUAUCCUGACGGGCAGAAGGACUCGUGUCAAGGCGACAGCGGCGGCCCUCUGGUGGCAGAGCGCGAAGACAAGAGGUACGAGCUCAUCGGCGUCGUGUCCUGGGGAAAUGGCUGUGCGAGGCCAGGAUAUCCAGGAGUCUACACGAGAGUGACCAGAUACAUGGACUGGAUACUCUCAAACUCGAUGGAAGGAUGCUUCUGCGAGAACUGAGCAUAAUUUGAAGCUUCGAAGAAAAAAGCGUCUUCUACAGGGAAUUCAUCGAUGUCCCUGAAGACAGAAAAAAAAGAAGAAAAUCAGGAAUACUCAACGUUGUAACGUUAUACAUAAUCGCGUGAGAUUAAGUCCAGGUUUAAGUUAUGCAAUACUCGUACUCGAAUGUUAAGAAACUCGCGUGGAAUACAUUUAUAAGCGCGAUAUUAAGUGAUACCUUAAGUCAAUCCGAAUUAUAAAUUCAGGGAUAGAACAUCCA